AGCAGCAUCAACGAGGUCCAAAAUUUAUCAAUCGGGUAUGGCAGAUAAGAACAACGAUGCAAUGUUGACAGUAGCCGACAAGGCUUUGGUUACUUUAGAGCGAAGGGUCCGAUCGGACCUUGACAACAAGCUCCCCAAACCAUACAUGGCUAGAGCUGUGGCUGCACCUGAUACCAACAAUCCGAGUGGAACGUUGGGACACAAGCAUCACAAUUUGUCUGUUCUUCAACAGCAUGUGGCGUUUUUUGAUCAGGAUGAUAACGGUAUCAUUUUCCCUUGGGAGACUUUUAAAGGACUCCGUGAUCUCGGAUUCAACGUGUUUGUUUGUUUCGUCUUCAUGGUACUGAUCCAUGGAGCCAUGAGUUAUGUCACUUUGCCUACUUGGUUGCCAUCACCUUUCUUUCCCAUUUACAUACAAAACAUACAUAUGGCCAAGCAUGGAAGUGAUUCGGCUACUUACGACACCGAAGGAAGGUUUGUUCCGGCGAACCUGGAGAACAUUUUUAGCAAAUACGCUCUCACGGUGCCGGAUAAGCUCACGUUCAAAGAACUUUGGCAUAUGACAGACGCAACUCGUAACGCCUUCGACUUCUUUGGCUGGAUUGCAAGCAAAUUGGAGUGGGGAGCCCUUUAUCUGCUCGCCAAGGACUCGGAGGGAUUGCUAUCAAAAGAAUCAGUAAGGCGUUGCUUCGAUGGAAGUUUGUUCGAGUAUUGUGCGAAGAUGCAAAAAGGUGAUGCUAGUAAGAUGGGAUGAUCGAUCACGCUAUGUGGGCAACGAGUUCGCAACAAUUUAGAUAUGUUCUUAGCCUUCGGAUUCACAAGAUAGUCUUACGUUUUUUUGAGUUCUAUUAGACAAAAGUUAAAUUGAAUAUGGAUCUUAACAAGUUGGGAGUUGAAUAGCAGAUUGUUUCAGCUCGACCUCGAAUGUUUUUCUGUAUUCAAGGUCGAACUCGAUGCUCACCUUAUAUUACAUAUUAUAACAUCUAAAAGUUUUAUAAAUCUUGAUAUCAAUUAGCUCGAUUCUCCAUCCUUAUUAUAUUCAUAUAUUCACCUAGCUAUUAACGUAUAUAAUUGAACCAACAAGUAUUCAAUAAAACGGCCUCUUAAUUUCAAGACAUUACUAAAAA